UGGUCGGCAGAGAACUUGCGGAUCGCGGACCCGAGGCCAUGGGCCGAAAGAAAACUCCAGACACUAGAUCCCUCGGCCGGGCGCUUAUGCGCCAGCAGACUCAACGGAGCCGUAGUCACCGCCAUACCGACUCCUGGUUGCACACAAGUGAACUUAAUGAUGGCUAUGAUUGGGGUCGUCUGAAUCUUCAGUCAGUGACUGAACAGAGCUCCCUUGAUGACUUCCUUGCAACUGCUGAACUUGCAGGAACAGAGUUUGUAGCUGAGAAGCUUAAUAUUCAGUUUGUGUCACGUGAGUCCAGAACUGGACUGCCAUCUUUUGAGGAGAGCCAGAGGAUUAAGAAGCUCCAUGAAGAAAAUAGACAGUUUUUGUGUAUACCAAGGAGACCAAAAUGGGACAGAACAACUAGCCCAGAAGAACUCAAACAGGCAGAAAAAGAUAACUUUCUAGAAUGGAGGCGUCAACUUGUCCGACUAGAAGAGGAUCAAAAGCUGAUAUUGACUCCCUUUGAAAGAAAUUUGGACUUUUGGCGCCAGCUCUGGAGGGUGAUUGAGAGAAGUGAUAUUGUGGUCCAGAUAGUCGAUGCACGCAACCCGCUCCUGUUUAGAUGUGAGGAUUUGGAAUGUUAUGUGAAAGAAAUAGAUGAUGACAAGGAGAACGUCAUUCUAAUAAAUAAAGCAGAUUUGUUGACCACGGAGCAGCGCAGUGCCUGGGCCACAUACUUUGAAAAAGAAAAUGUAAAAGUCAUUUUCUGGUCAGCUUUGGCCGAAGCCAUUCAAUUGAUUGACUCUAAGGAACAAGUAAGUAGAGAUGCUGGAGAACUCAGCACAACCGAAUUAGAAGACUCCAGCUGCAGUGAGGCUGAACUCCCACACGGUGACUCUGAGCAGCUCCAAGGCGGGGACUCUGUCUCAUUGACAGAAGUUGGCACUGGAGACGAGGACGACAGUGAGUAUGAGGACUGUCAGGAGGAAGAGGAGGAAGAUUGGCAGACAUGUUCAGAAGAGGACAGCAACCCUGAUGGAGAGACCUGUAGCCAGGACUGUGCAGAAAACUGCACUGUGGCUUCGGAGGGUCAGAGCAGGGAAAUCCCGCAGAAGAGAAAGACACACAAUUUCAGCCACCUGGUAUCAAAGCAGGAAUUAUUGGAGAUCUUCAAAGAGCUGCACACUGGAAAGAAGGCAAGAGAUGGGCAGCUUACUGUCGGACUGGUGGGUUACCCAAAUGUCGGUAAGAGUUCAACAAUCAACACUAUCAUGGGCAACAAGAAAGUAUCUGUGUCUGCCACACCUGGUCACACCAAACAUUUUCAGACUCUCUAUGUGGAACCUGGCCUCUGCUUAUGUGACUGCCCCGGCCUGGUGAUGCCAUCCUUUGUCUCUACCAAGGCAGAGAUGACUUGCAAUGGAAUCCUCCCAAUUGACCAGAUGAGAGAUCAUGUACCACCUAUAUCAUUAGUUUGCCAGAAUAUUCCGAGACAUGUUUUAGAGGCGACCUAUGGCAUUAGUAUCAUAAAGCCUAGAGAGGAUGAUGAUCCCCAUCGACCUCCAACAUCAGAAGAACUGUUAACAGCUUAUGGAUGUAUGCGAGGAUUCAUGACCACACACGGGCAGCCAGACCAGCCUCGAUCUGCACGCUAUAUCCUGAAGGACUACGUCACGGGUAAACUGCUGUACUGUCAUCCUCCCCCCGGAAGAGAUCCCGUGACCUUUCAGUAUCAACACCAACGACUCCUAGAGAGCAAAGUGAAGGGUGGUGAACUAAAAAUACAACCAGGUGGAAAUAAAAAUGUAAAACAGAUUGAAAAUGUAGUUGACAAAACUUUUUUUCAUCAGGAAAAUGUGAGAGCUUUGACCAAAGGAGUCCAGGCUGUGAUGGGCUACAAGCCUGGCAGUGGCCCGGUGCCAGCACCUACUGUAGACUCUGAGAGCCGGACUGGGAAGCCAUGGAAAAAACACGGCAACAGGAAUAAAAAAGAAAAGAGCCGCAGACUCUACAAGCACCUGGAUACAUGAACUUAGGUUGUGCAGAAACAGCACCUGCAUUGUACGUCUGGAGAAGAAAAGAAGCUGCUCAUUGCCUGUGGUGCUGUAGGUGGGCGCUGCUCUCGUGCCUCACAGCCAGCCACCAGUGUCAAGACAGAGGCGCCCCUUAAAGCACCAAAAGCCUGGCCAGCAUGGGCACUUCAGAGCCCCUGAGACCUAGAGAAGAAUGAAAAAUGCCUCCUCGUGUGUGAACAUACACAGAUGCUUACUAACUUGUAAGUUGGGGAUUCUUUGAAAACAUUAAAAUCAA